CAGUGCCUCCUCUAAGCAGCAUACAAAUGUGAUGAAAACGUCUACCAACAACAGAGAGAAGGUCUGCGGGGAAGCAAAACUGCUGCAGGCAGCCUGCGAAAAGGAAGCAUAGCCAAAAACUCUGACAUUGAGAUAUUAACAGUGGAUUUUGGUGGCUCUCUUAGUGGAUUGUGCAUUGGCGAGUCUAUAAAAAAAAAAGGAAAGUUUUGUUGCCUUCGCACAGCUUGGAAUCACUAUGGCCGGACCCUGUUUUGGCUUUAAACCUUUGCUUUUUGCCGCAUUUAUACUCCUCUGUGAUGGACAAGGUGGAACUGGAGAACCCAAUGGUCAUUCGUGCUAUGGAGGCUUCGACUUGUACUUUGUCUUGGACAAAUCUGGAAGUGUUCUACACCACUGGAAUGAAAUCUAUUACUUUGUUGAACAUCUGGCCCAGAGAUUUAUCAGCCCACAACUUAGGAUGUCUUUCAUCGUCUUCUCAACGAGAGGAUCCACCUUAAUGAGGCUGACCGAUGACAGAGAGCAGAUCAGACUUGGCUUGGAGGAGCUGCGUAAAGUUCUCCCAGGAGGCGACACAUACAUGCAUGAAGGUAUUGAGAGGGCUAGUGAGCAAAUCUAUCAUGAAAGCAAUGAAGGCUACAGGACAGCAAGCGUCAUCAUUGCUCUGACUGACGGGGAACUCCAUGAAGAUUUGUUUUACUAUGCAGAGCGGGAGGCCAAUCGAUCCCGUGAACUUGGAGCACAAGUAUAUUGCGUCGGUGUAAAAGACUUUAACGAGACUCAGCUGGCACGCAUAGCUGACAGCAAAGAUCACGUCUUCCCAGUCAAUGGAGGUUUUGAAGCUCUUCAAGACAUAAUAGGCUCGAUCCUGAAGAUGUCCUGCAUUGAGAUUCUAGCGGCCGAGCCUUCCAGUAUAUGUGCUGGGACGUCUUUCCAAGUCGUCGUAAGAGGCAACGGUUUCCGAUACGCACGGAAUGUGGAUCGCGUUCUCUGCAGUUUCAGGAUUAACGAGACGUCUGUGCAGACAAAGAAGCCGUUGGUUGUGGAGGACACUUACCUGCUUUGCCCUGCACCCGUCCUCGAAGAUGUUGGCAUGGAGGCUGCUCUCCAAGUCAGUAUGAACAAUGGUGUGAGUUUCAUCUCCAGCUAUGUGAUCAUCACCAGCACACACUGUGCAGAUGGGACCAUCCUGGCAAUAGCCUUGCUCAUACUCUUCCUUCUGUUGCUGCUCGCCCUGUUGUGGUGGUUCUGGCCACUUUGCUGUACUGUGAUCAUCAAAGCACCUCCUCCACCACCAGAGGAAGACAGUGAGGAGGAAGAUGAUGAUGGUCUUCCCAAAAAGAAGUGGCCCACUGUUGAUGCUUCUUACUAUGGAGGCAGAGGCGUUGGUGGCAUUAAGAGAAUGGAGGUGCGUUGGGGAGAAAAGGGUUCAACCGAAGAAGGCGCUAAACUGGAGAAAGCCAAGAAUGCCAGGGUGAAGAUGCCGGAGCAAGAGUAUGAGUUCCCAUCGCCAAAGAUUCUCAACAACAACCUGGGAAAUUCUUCUUCCUCCCGGAAGUGGUACUCCCCAAUUAAGGGUAAACUGGAUGCAUUGUGGGUCCUGCUACAGAAAGGUUACAGUCGAGUGUCCAUAAUGCGACCUCAGCCUGGAGAUAAGGGUCGUUGCAUAAACUUUACAAGGGAAAAGAAGAUGGCGCCUCCAAGAUACCCCUUAAACAAUGCUCCUCUAAUGUCUUCUCCGUCCAGUCCGAUCUAUAUUCCUCCGCAAAGUCCAAUCUAUAAACCGCCUCCUCCAGUAACGCCUCCUCCUCAACCCCUACAUACUCCACCCCCUACUCCAUCUCCAACAAGUUCUCUUCCCCCACCACCCCUAGCCUCUCCUCCAGUUAGAGCUCCUCCUCCAAGCAGGCCCCCUCCCCGCCCAUCCAUUUAGAAUGAUGAGUUCUCCAGUGUUUAUAGGGACGCUGUUGGGGAUAUUGUAGACUUCAUCUUGUCUCUUGGUUGGAUUUGAAGUUCGGCAAUUUAACAAAAACAAUAAACCAAAACCACUUUUUUUACUAUAUAUUCUAUAGAGAGACUGAAUCAGAAUAACCAAUGGAUUUACCAACCCUUGGCUCAAAGAUUUGAAUCUUACUAUAUAGAUUUUUCAAAAAAGACUUUGUCUUUAGACCAUGGAAUCACAGUCUGCAUUUACAACAAAGAUAAGUUUCAGAGGAAAGCUUUUUCUGUCUAACCUCAAAGGGAUCUACUCAGCUAGGUACCAAAACAGACUGGUAUGGUGCAUAUAUUGAUCUACGGAAUUAUUGGUUUAUUCUGGGAAUCUGUUUCUUUAGGAUGUCAUGUAGGUUUGGGGUCUAAAUAUAAGGGAGCAAAGCCAAGUUAGCAGCAAGAACGUGCAAUGUGGUAAGGUGUCUUGUAAAGCCUUGUGAUGGACACUCGCUUCGUGUUAUAACAGAAGUUGUUCUCCACCAAAUGAAACAGCCAGAUGGGAUUCAAGCGUUUUCCCAUCAGGGCUUCCAAAUAACUUCUGUAUGUUUCUUUGAUAAAAGUCGAAUGUUAGGUCACUAGGAGAUUAAGAAAGAAAAGACUCUCUGGAGCAUGUGUAAAUGUUGGAUGAGAGCUCAUGGACAUGUCAAGAGUGGAGUUUAAAGCCUAUAUGGGACCUGAUGAUUUAUAGCAGCAGAAGGCUGGACCUUUGCAAUUAAAUGCUCUGAUGCUGCAGAGUCUUUAAUAAUAGAUUAAGUUUAACAGAUAGGCAUCGCGAUGCGUUGCCGAUUCCUCUCGUUAGUAGGGUAAUUAAUAUCUAUGUAUACAUUAACAUUAGUGUGUUUUGGGGUUUUUAGAUAGCAUAACAUAGAGGAUAUUACUUCUUGCACUCUGUUUAGGGCACUCAGUAAUGUCAGUCGUGGGAGUUAAGUUCUUGUUUAUUUGCUUCUUUUGUGAAUAACUUUUUGUAUGCAUUCAGGUAUAUUUCAAUUUUUAAAAUUAUUAGCGGUAGAAGCUAUACACCCCCAAUUUUACAUUUAUUUCAGUACAUCAGGUAUGAUACCUAUUAUUGAAAAGAAAAAAAAAAAAAGAAAACAUUAAAGUGUCCUAAUGGCUUUUUGGUGACGACCAGAAAAGGAAAUAAAAUCACUACUAAAAUAGUGUGGUCAACCAUGUCAUUGUAUAGAUAGUUAAGGUAAAUUAUUUCCUUCUUCAUUUUUUUAUACAAGCAGAUAAUGUAAAUGGGAAUUUGGAAUAUAAUAAAAAUGUAUGCCUCACAUAAAACCAAAACCUAAUUUUUUAAUUGAUGUUACCAUUUUUUAGGUGGACUCUAAUUUUAUACCAUUUUUAAUGUGACCAUAUGUGAUCUUUACCCUUGUUUAUGAUGAAGACAUUUACAGCCCUUUUACCUGCUAAUUGUAUAACCUUUGGUGGGAAUAUGGUCUACGCAUGCUUCACUUCUACAGUAAGGAACUACUGCCAAAGAAAGUUUACUGAGCACCACAAUUUCCAGGAUUUUCCACAAGGCUAACUGCAGUUUCAUUGAAUAAACCUGUUUGUUAUAUCUGCAGUCAGUAAAACAUUUAAUAUUGUUUUAAAUACCUGUAGGAUACCUGUAGUUUAUGUGCCUAUGGGCACAUGUGAUGUACAGUAUUCUUGGCCCUGAUAUAUUGAUAUAAUGUGGUAUUGUCAAACAUGUCUGCAUACAUUCUUAUUCUUGAUGUAGAUAUUAUUCUCUGCUGUAAACCAACAAGUCAGACAGUGUUUAUUUCCAUUCUAUCUGAGCAGCAGAUGUAAGUUAUUAUCAUACAUGGGAAUUCUCAUCAUGCCAAGCAGUGCUUGCUAUAAUAUGUUUUUCAUAUGUGUGUCUUCCGCUUACUGGAAUGUAACCACUUAAUGUGUACUAAUUAUCUGUAUUGACGAACAUCCGUUUUACAUGCAAUAAAACGUUACAAGUU